GGCUCAUGGUUACGUCUCAGCAAAGGGUCACUUUGAAAAGACUUUGUUUGAAUGGUCAUGAAAGAUUUGGGACUAUAAUGAAAAGAUUUCCCACCAUUUUCUCCAAAAAAAUGCAUCUGCACCAAAAUUUCCAACUCGUCAAAGACAAAGGAACAGAAGACAAGCCGAUUUUAAGGUAAAGCUGAGCAGUUGUUCAAGGACAUCAUGAGGAUUUUGUAAAUGUUAUGGAAAUGUUAGUAUGUGCAUGGAAAAAGGCUACGUAUGAUAGCCAGAUCAUCAACCAGAGAGACAGACGUGAAAAUGGUGCUGAGAGUAACUAAAACUGCGUACGAGUGGCGUUACUAGGGAGCUCUCCGGGGUGCUGAACUUGCUUCUCUGCUGAGUUACUGCUACAUCACACCAGAUCCAACCAGAGAGCUGAGGGACUCCAUUCACUUCACACCUGCUUUAUGAUCUAAAACAAAGUUAAAGGGCUAAAAAGGAGCUUGAAAAAAUGGUUCCCCAUGGACCUGAAAAGGCAAAUACGGAAUGAAAAUUAAUCAACAGGAUUGGAUUUAUAUCCGGUAGCCCAAUCAUGGUGUGCUUCAAUCUGGCAUGAAAGGCUGUGGAGUGAACUCUACGUAUCAUAACGGAUACUAAAAGAGGACAAUGCACCAUUUUCCUCUCCAUUUCGGAGGUGCACUAUGGGAGUUAUCCAGCUAUCCCUGUUGCCCCGUCCUGAGGAGCAAACACAGCCUUUCCACACUGCCGUUUUACAACAUCACACUCUGGAUCAUUCUCGGGGUGCUUACGUUCCCGUGCUGUGUGCAAUGCCUCAUUUUUAAAGUUGGAGUGAUGGGGCCUUGGACCUGUGACCCUGUCUUCUCCAAAGCGCUACCUGCAGUGGCGUCAAGACUGGCUAUUAGUAGGAUAAACGAGGACUACAGUAUGGACUUGGGCUGCAAAAUGGACUUUGUGGUGCUCCAGGAACCGUGUGAAACGGCAAAAGCACUGACGAAUUUUGUAUAUCAGGAAAAGUCAGCUGAUGCUUUUUUAGGGCCGGGAAACCCAGGCUACUGCAACGCAGCCGCACUCCUAGGCAAGAACUGGGAUAAAGCUAUCUUUUCUUGGGCUUGCAUCAACUAUGAACUGGAUCGUUUUCAAGCCUUCCCAACUUUUGCCCGGACGUUGCCGUCACCAACACGGGUGCUCUUCACCGUGCUGAGACAUUUCCGCUGGGCUAACGUUGGCAUUGUGUCGUCUAAUGAGGAUAUAUGGAUUGACACCGCUAACAAAGUGGCCAGCUCUCUAAGGAGCCAGGGGCUUCCCAUAGGCAUUGUUGCUUCUACUGGCAACAACGACACCGAGCUGGAGAGUGCACUCAGGUCCAUCCAGAGUGCAGGGGCAAUAAAAGUCAUCAUCAUGUGCAUGCACUCUGUUCUGAUUGGUGGGGAGCAGCAGAUGAACUUCCUGCUGAAGGCCUAUGACAUGGGGAUGACCAGCGGGAAGUACGUCUUCAUGCCCUACGAUACUCUGCUGUACAGCCUGCCCUACAGCGACACCUCCUACUUCACCAUGCUGAACAACACCAAGCUACGCCAAGCCUACGACUCUGUUCUCACCAUCACUCUGAACUCAGACCUGAUGUCCUUCAACCAGGCCUUCAACAUGGCCAAACAGCAGGAGGAGCUAAGCAUUUUAUACAGUCCUGAGCAGGUUUCUCCACUUUUUGGCACAAUUUACAACGGGAUGUACCUCAUUGCCAGAGCUAUAAACAACGCCAGGAGAGCUGGCCAGUGGCUCUCAGGCAGCAACCUGGCCCUCUACACCCGGAACGUGACAUUUACCGGCUUCAACCAGAACAUCACCAUAGACAGCCAAGGUGAAGGACAGACGAACUAUGUGAUUCUGGACACUGACGGCUGGGAGACCAACCUGUACCUCUGCUAUCUGGUAGACCUGGGCUCAGACAUGGUGCGCUUUGCUGGCAAGUCCAUUAACUACCCGGGAGGUUCCCCUCCCCCUGCUGACUCCAGCUGCUGGUUUGAUCCCAAUGCCAUCUGCACCGGAGGUGUGGAAAUAGUCUAUGUCAUCAUAGUUUUUGUGAUUGUCUUCGUUUUUGCGGUCAGUGCCGUUGGGAUAAGUCUGUUCAUAAGGAGGAGAAUCCAACAGAUCCAGUUUGUGAAAGGACCCAAUCGGAUCCUUCUUACUCUAGAAGAUCUGACCUUCAUCAACCCACAGUUAAGCAGACAAAAAAUCACACUAGAAGACCUCAGCGACUCCAAAAGUCUACUUGAUGAGAAGAGCGUGAGAUCGCACUCUGUGAACAGCCUCGCAACAGCAACACAUGAGAACUCUAAUGUGGCUGUAUAUGAGGGUGACUGGGUGUGGUUGAAGAAGUUUGAAGAGGGCCAAUUCAAGGAGGUCAAACAGAGCACCACCAAAAUAUUUACGAAGAUGAAGGAUCUCCGGAAUGAGAAUGUUAACCCAUUUCUGGGGUUCUUUUCUGACUGUGAAAUGUUUGCUGUGGUUACUGAGUACUGUUCAAGAGGAAGUCUACAGGACCUGCUGCGAAAUGAUGAUGUUAAACUGGACUGGAUGUUUAAGUCAUCUUUGCUUCUGGACCUCAUCAAGGGAAUGAAAUACCUUCACCACAGAGAAUUCCCUCAUGGGCGGCUGAAGUCACGUAACUGUGUAGUGGAUGGAAGAUUUGUCCUGAAAAUAACGGAUUAUGGUUUCAAUGAGCUUCUCGAAUCCCAAAAAGCUCCAAGGAAGGAGUUUCCACCAGGAGAUCUGUUUUGGACAGCUCCAGAACUUCUCAGAGACCCUGAGAGCUCACGAAGAGGGACGUAUAAAGGGGACGUGUACAGCUUCGCCAUCAUACUCCAAGAGGUGGUCGUCCGUGGACCUCCAUACUGCAUGCUCGGAUUGUCUGCUGAAGAGAUCAUCAGGAAGGUGAAGAAGCCUCCACCGAUGUGCAGGCCUACAGUAGCUCCAGACCAGGCUCCACUAGAGUGUAUCCAGCUGAUGAAGCAGUGUUGGAGUGAACAGCCUGACAGGAGGCCUUCCUUCGAUGAGAUAUUUGAUCAGUUCAAGCUGAUAAACAAGGGCAAGAAGACCAACAUCAUAGACUCUAUGCUGCGCAUGCUGGAGCAGUACUCCUCCAACCUGGAGGAUCUGAUUAGAGAGAGGACAGAAGAGCUGGAGGUGGAGAAACAGAGGACGGAGAAACUCCUGACAGAAAUGCUGCCUCAAUCUGUAGCUGAAGCACUGAAAACAGGUGCCACUGUGGAGCCAGAGUACUUUGACGAGGUCACCAUCUACUUCAGUGACAUUGUGGGUUUCACCACAAUCUCCUCACUCAGUGACCCCAUCGAGGUCGUGGACCUGCUUAAUGAUCUCUAUACACUGUUUGAUGCAGUGUUGAGUAACCACGAUGUGUACAAGGUGGAAACCAUUGGAGAUGCCUACAUGGUGGCCUCAGGUCUUCCGAAGAGGAAUGGUAAUAAGCAUGCGGCUGAGAUUGCCAACAUGUCCCUGAACAUCCUCAGCUCUGUGGGAAGCUUCAAGAUGCGCCACAUGCCAGAUGUUCCAGUCAGGAUAAGAAUAGGCAUUCACUCAGGGUCAUGUGUUGCAGGAGUAGUGGGCCUAACUAUGCCUAGAUACUGCCUUUUUGGUGAUACAGUCAACACCGCCUCUCGUAUGGAAUCUACGGGUCUGCCUUAUAGAAUUCAUGUGAACAUAAGCACUGUGAAGAUUCUCAACUCUCUAAACGAAGGGUACAAGAUAGAAGUUCGAGGAAAGACAGAGCUGAAGGGUAAAGGCAUUGAGGAAACCUACUGGCUCGUUGGGAAAGCAAACUUUGCAAAGCCUUUGCCGAAGCCUCCGGAGAUCAAAGCAGGGGAUAACUGGCAGGACAUGGUGACGGACGAGAUCAAGACACUUUUCCGGAAGGCUAACAGGCAGGUGGACAAGCCUAAAAUCUGAUAAAGAAAGAGGAAGAUCAGAGAUAUAGAUAAAGAGGAGGAGCAGGAGGAGGAUGAACGACAGAGACUGAGUAAGAGAAAUCCUGAGGACGCCGUGUGUGUGUGUGUGAGUGUGAGUGUGUGUCCCUCUCUGAUCACUACAGCUUACAGAGACUUCUUUAAUAGGAUUGACUGUCAUCUGUCUAAUCUGCCUCUGCCCAGCGCAGCAGAAACAGCAGUGCUAAUGAAAUGAGAGCUGAGGAACAGGUUAUUAGGGAAAUUGUGCUCCUGCAUGCUCUGGACUCUGCAGCCGUUGUCUCUUUGUUUUGGCCACCAAGUGGCUUCGUGCUCAUCACUCAGGUUUCUCCACAGUCACCGAGGUCGUGCUGUUGAGCUGUUGUUGUUUUUUUUUUUUUUUU